UCGCGGCGCGGGGCGGCAGCAGCAGCAUGGGCCGGCGGGGCCGCGCCGCGCCCCCUCCCCCGCUGCCUCCGCGCCCCGGCGCCCCGCGGCGCAGCCGCCCGCCCUGCUAGAGGCGCCGCUCCGCCGCCAUGGGCUCCCACCUGCCGCCGCAGCAGCGCCCGGAGCCCCAGCUGGUGCUGCAGCUGGCGGCCGGCGCUCUGCAGGCGCAGAACUUGGAGCUGUCGGGCGGCGGCCUGGGGCCCGAGUGGCAGGUGCUGCUCGGGCGGGCCGACGCGCUGGCCUACGGCGGGCGGCUGCACGAAGCGCUGCCGCUCUACCAGCUGGCGUCCCGGCACCAGCAGCUGCGGGCCGAGCAGCUGGGGAAGCUGGUGGAGUGCCUGGCGCAGAGCGUCCGGAUCAAAGAGGGGCUGCCCGCCGCCGGGAGCGGCCCGCCGCAGCCCCGCGAGUGGGACGUCUUCAGGUGCCGCAAAUGCCAGGGCUUCCUCUUCGAGCCCGUGUCCUUGCCUUGCGGACACACGUUCUGCAAAAAGUGCCUGGAGAGGGACCGGGCGGCCGAGUCCCGCUGCGUCCUGUGCAAGGAGGCGGGCGGCGCGGCGGGCGGGCAGCUCCUGCGGGUCAAUGUCAUCCUCAGCAACCUGCUGGCCAAGUGGUUCCCCUGCCAAGUGAAGGCUUCGCAGCUCAGGCACGAAGGGAACCUGCUGUACAAGGAGAAGAAGCUACAAGCCGCCCUGCAGAAGUACAACGAAGCGGUCAGCCUAGCUCCCAAUGACCACUUACUAUACAGCAACCGGUCCCAGAUUAACUCAACUUUGAAAGCUUGUGAAGAUGCGCUGCACGAUGCAGAAACAGCAUGCAGGCUCCAGCCGUACUGGUUAAAAGGUCACCUAAGGAAAGGACAAGCAUUAGCUAAUCUGGGGAAAACAGAAGAAGCUUUAAGAGAGUUUCUGUUCUGCCUUGCUUUAGAUACUGGGAACAAGACAGCCAAGUCUGAGGCACAAAAGGUAAAUGUGGAACAGAAAAAGGGUUUUCCUGUUCAAGAGGAACCAAAUGUAACUACUUCUGGUAGUUUGAGGAAAUCUAUACAAAUCACAGAGAGCAAAAAGGACUGCUCAGAGGAGAACAAACUCGCCUCCAUGCCAGAGUCUACUUUUCUCAUUUCUGAGAAGUGCAACCUCCUGAAAAGGAAGUGCUGCUCAGAGGAGAUGCGAAAUGCUGAGGUACCCUGCAAACUGAUGAAGAAAGAUACAGUUGAUACUAAGGGGAACAGUACUGGACAACAUAUUCCAUUUGAAUUUGUGGAUCCAUCAGACUUGGACUGCUCCCUAUGUAUGAGGCUCUUCUAUGAACCUGUCACUACACCUUGUGGACACACCUUCUGUCUCAAAUGUCUUGAGAGAUGCCUGGAUCACAACCCAAAAUGUCCCUUGUGCAAGGAAGGGCUCUCGGAGUGCUUGGCUAUGAGGAAAUACUGUAAAACAGUACUAAUGGAGGAGUUAAUAGCUAGAUAUCUUCCAGAGGAACUCACUGAAAGAAGAAAGAUUUACGAAGAGGAAAUAGCAGAGCUUUCCAACCUAAAUAAGAAUGUUCCUAUAUUUGUCUGCACGAUGGCGUAUCCUACAGUCCCAUGCCCCCUGCACAUCUUUGAGCCUUGUUACCGCCUGAUGAUUCGAAGGUGCAUGGAGACUGGCACCAAACAGUUUGGGAUGUGCAUCAGUGACCCGGUAAAGGGGUUUGCAGAUUAUGGCUGCAUUCUGGAGAUAAGAAAUGUUGAAUUCUUUGCUGAUGGCCGCUCUGUUGUAGACAGCAUUGGCAAGAGGAGGUUUAAGGUGAUACAGCACAGCCAGCGUGAUGGUUACAAUACAGCAGAUAUUGAGUACAUUGAGGAUCAAAAGGUGCAAGGACAAGAGUAUGCUGCAUUACUUGUUCUCCAUGAUUCAGUCUAUGAUCAGGCAUAUAUGUGGUUUAACUCCCUCAAGCAAGCGCUCAAAAGUCGAAUUCUCAGUCAUUUUGGUCCAAUGCCAGCUAAGGAUCCUGACCCACAGGCUAACCCUAACGGGCCAGCCUGGUGCUGGUGGGUCUUAGCUGUCCUUCCACUUGAGAACAGAGCUCAGCUCCCUUUCCUUGCCAUGAAAUCCCUCAAAGACCGCUUGAAUGGCAUCAGACGUGUCCUUACAUUCAUGUCUCGUACGAGAUCACGGUGAUGGUGAGAAGGAGAGCUGUGAAGUCUCCCACAGUACUUGACUGUAGACUGUCUCUUGUAACUUCAUCUAACUGCAAUAAUGUCUUACAGAUUUGAGUGUCAGGAUGUUUCAAGCCUGAAUUUCAAAGAAAAUGAGUUCUAAAGAGCAAGGGAUGUUUAUGGAUACUUCAGUAGUUUCCAUUUGGAACUCUCAGAUGAUUAUUCAAUCACUGCACUGCUAAAUUAAUAACAAAUGUGAUAGAACAAAAAGUGAUCUUGUUUGCCAUAAAUCUUUUAAAAAGCUUAAGGGUUUUUUAAUUUAUUUUAUUUUUAUUUUUUUAGUGGAUAAAGGAUAAACUGUGCAGUUUAAUGUGAAGCAGAAAUAAUAAUGUUAAUGCAUUAUUUCAGUGAACUGCAAAGUCUUUUAUUCCAAAUGGUUCAGGUUUUAUAUAGCAUUGUGUAAAAUAAUGUUCACAACUUCUGUUCGAUAAUUUAUUUUUGCACUAUAAGUUUUUGUUUCAAAAUGUAUAUUAUUUAUGUGUUCAUUCCCUAAAGGAAAGUGAGCUGCUCUAUUUAUUUAUAGUGUUUUUACCCUGUAUUUAUGACUGGGGGCAAAAUGAUAACUCUAGCAGUGCACAAGCAACUGCUUAGAUAAUUUUCGUAUUUGUGUUCAAAUACUUUGAAUGUUUUUCUACUUAUCCCCAGUUCUACUGUAGCUUAAGAAGGAUUUUUUUUUUUCCCUGAAACAGCCUGCUGUGAAGUCUUUGAAUAUACAGAUUAUGUCUGAGAACUCAAGCACAGUUGUUGGAGCUUGAUCCUAUGCUUGCGACUUGGUUCCUGAUACCACAAAAGAGUCAAGCACAUGCUUAACCUUAAGCAUGAGUGUUUAAGUGCUUGAGUAAAUUCAAGUACUGAUUAGCUGAUGUCAGUGGGAAUUGGCCAUAGCGGUGACAGAAGGAUCUAUCCCCUAGUUUUUCACAGAACAGAGAGUAACUUGGAGUUUAAUGUAUAUCUGAACUCCUUCUUGCAAGAAUGGAUAAUGGCUACAAAUAACUGCGAAGAAAAAGCCACAAUGUAUGAGAAGUUGCUUCUCCUGAAGAAAACUGGAAGUACUGGUAUCAUUUCAUUGUAGGUUACCACAUAAAUUUUUUUAUAUCAACUCUUCUUGCUGUUAAGAUCAGUUUUCUUUCAAUUGUGUGGUGGGAUUUGGGUUUGGAGUGUGUUUGGGGGAGGGGGAGUUAUUUUGAACUGUAGGACUGAGAGUGCAGUUUGUAGCACAUAAGAAAGAAUACGUUGUAAUAAAUGCUAUUCAUUUCAUCCCAUCUUCAGGUUUGUUAGCUUCAAACUCUACCCAGCCAUUGCAUUUCCCUUAAGAGAUUGGGUAGUGUUGCUAAUAAUCAUUAACUCCCAAGGAAAAGUGAAUUUUAGCAUGAUUACUUCUAGCUAUAAAACAGGUGAAAAUAGGGCACAAAUGAGAGUAGGAAGUAUCUUGGGUUUGAUUAUUUAGAUCAACAGUUCAUAUACUUGUUUUGCUGCUUCUAUUGCUUUCAGUGUACCACUGUCUGGGACUGAUCUUGCCUCAUCUGACUCUGGACUUUAACUGGUUUCAAUGUGAGCAGAACCAGGCCUUUCAUUCUAAGCUACUGUUUUCCUUUUCAGGGGCAAAAAAUAGAUUGAAUUGAGAAUGUUAUGGAAUGCAACAAAUUUCCUUAUUUAUACCCGGGAUAAUAGCACUCUUUGCCAUUCCAUGCCUUUAUGAAAAAUUGCAGUAAAACUUAAUGUCAGUUCUACAUGUGUUUUCCGUCAUCUCAUCAGAACUACUUGUUAGUGUAAAAGUAACUUCCAUACUGUUAAGUUUCCAUAAAACUACCUUUUUUCCCCCCUCUUGUUAAAUUCUAUAGAACUUCUCCAUAAGGGUACCAAAGAAACAAAUGGAAGACAAACGUGUUUCAACCUUGUGAUGCAAAUGGAAUAUGUAUCCUGUGAUUGCAUUGAGCUGCUCUAGGAAUGCUACUUCCACACUGCUAGAUCACUGUACUUCUUCCAUAGGUGGUACUUUACAAGCUUCUCUGUAAACAACAUCUAGAAAUACAUACAUGUUCUGAACAGUAACAAGUGUAUGGUGGCUGACACCUGCUAUGGCAUUUGUCAUCAAGUCAAUAACAAAGUGAUUUCUACUUGUUUGGAAGUGAAGCUGUGUUAAAUGCAAUUCUUCCUUAAACCAUUAUGUAUUGCAUAACAUAAGGGGCUUAUAUUGCUCCUGUAGAAAAAAGUUGUCACUUUGUUACUCUUACCUGUGAGAAAAGGACCUUAAAUACCUAUUUUAAACUGUUUCUCACUGAUGUCAUUGUUCUUCUUGCCUGCAUGCUACAUCUUCCACAUAUUUAUAGUCAGCCUAUUUUGUUGAUUUAGAAAUUGACAUGGAAAGAACCCUUGAUUUUAAAAGUGAAUACUGGCUUUUCUAUUAGCCUUUAGUAAAGCUGCCAGAAUCUCCUAAGCAGAAACUUCUCUACAUGCCUCUCUCAUGAAUGCCCAGUGCAUUUGUUGCAACCUGGAAACAUGGCUUACUGCAUGUCAUGCGUACAGUUGAUGUGCAUAUGCACAACAAACUGAAUACAUGAGGAAAAUUCAUCUGUAUGUGUACAGUGGUGUUCUGUCUGGGACUGCUUUAUGGCUGCACAUCCUAGAUUAAUAGCUGAAGUCUAUAAAUGCCAUCAGAAGAAAAGAAAAUACUGAGAAAUAGAUUUGCUAGAGAACACAGACCUGUCCAGGAAAAGCUAGACAAGGAGUAGCUUUAGCCUUCAGUAAGCUGAGACUGUAAAGUUUCAGUAAUGAGGUUCAAAAACAAAAGAAAUCUUCUAGUUAUGCCACAGUACUGAUUUUUUCAGUUGUAUUAAUCAGUACAAGGAUGUAAAUGCAAUGUUUAUUAGAGAUGUGAAUAAACAGCCUAACAGAUUUUAAAAUGCUUCAAAAUUCAUUACAGAAAUGGCAUUGAUCAGAUAAAAUGCUAAUUGAGGAGUAUUUUAUUUAAGCUUUUCAGAUUUUUCUAGACACUGAACCCAGUCCUAUAACCAGUCUUGCCCAUCUGUUUUAAAAAAAAAAAUAAAAAUCAUAACUCAAACUUGCAUUUCCUAUGUGGCCAGAAGUACUGAUUAAUCUUUGUUGUGCAGACAUAAGUAAUGCAUAGGCUUCUUGCCUGUGCUUCACAGAAGUCAAUUU